UGCUGCGUCUCUAGAGACAGGAGGUUGGCAACCAUCGCCCUCCUCCCAUUCCGGGACCCUCAGGCCUUCUAAUUCUCACUCUUUCUGAAUACCGCAGUGGCAUCUUCAUUACUUCGUUCAUCCUCCGGGCUCGCGAUCUUCAUCCAGGAGCCAUGUCAGAAGGAGUGGACUUGAUUGAUAUAUACGCUGACGAGGAGUUCAACCAGGACCCAGAGUUCAACAAUACAGAUCAAAUUGACCUAUAUGAUGAUGUGCUGACGGCCACAUCACAGCCCUCGGAUGACAGAAGCAGUAGCACUGAGCCACCUCCUCCUGUUCGCCAGGAGCCAUCUCCCAAACCCAACAACAAGACCCCUGCAAUUCUGUAUACCUACAGUGGCCUGCGUAAUAGACGAGCUGCCGUCUAUGUGGGCAGCUUCUCCUGGUGGACCACAGACCAGCAGCUGAUCCAGGUUAUUCGCUCUAUAGGAGUCUAUGAUGUGGUGGAGUUGAAAUUUGCAGAGAAUCGAGCAAAUGGCCAGUCCAAAGGCUAUGCUGAGGUGGUGGUAGCCUCUGAAAACUCUGUCCAUAAAUUAUUGGAACUCCUGCCAGGAAAAGUUCUUAAUGGAGAAAAAGUGGAUGUGAGGCCGGCCACCCGGCAGAACCUGUCACAGUUUGAGGCACAGGCUCGGAAACGUGAGUGCGUCCGAGUCCCAAGAGGGGGAAUACCUCCACGUGCCCAUUCCCGAGAUUCUAGUGAUUCUGCUGAUGGACGGGCCACACCCUCUGAGAACCUUGUUCCCUCAUCCGCUCGUGUGGAUAAGCCCCCCAGUGUGCUGCCCUACUUCAAUCGCCCUCCAUCAGCCCUUCCCCUGAUGGGUCUGCCCCCAUCCCCAAUUCCACCCCCACCACCUCUCUCCUCAAGCUUUGGGGUCCCUCCUCCUCCUCCUGGCAUCCACUACCAGCAUCUCAUGCCCCCUCCUCCUCGAUUACCUCCUCAUCUGACUGUACCUCCCCCUGGGGCCAUCCCACCUGCCCUUCACCUCAAUCCAGCCUUCUUCCCCCCACCAAAUGCUACAGUGGGGCCUCCACCAGAUACUUACAUGAAGGCCUCUGCACCCUAUAACCACCAUGGCAGCCGAGAUUCGGGCCCUCCGCCCUCUACAGCAAGUGAGGCUGAAUUUGAAGAGAUCAUGAAGCGAAACAGAGCUAUUUCCAGCAGUGCCAUUUCCAAAGCUGUAUCUGGAGCUAGUGCAGGGGAUUACAGUGACGCAAUUGAGACGCUACUCACAGCCAUCGCAGUUAUCAAACAGUCCCGAGUCGCCAAUGACGAGCGUUGCCGUGUCCUCAUCUCCUCUCUUAAGGACUGUCUUCAUGGCAUUGAAGCCAAGUCCUACAGUGUGGGUGCCAGCGGGAGCUCUUCCAGGAAAAGACAUCGGUCGCGGGAGAGGUCACCUAGCCGGUCCAGGGAGAGCAGCAGGAGGCACCGGGAUCUGCUCCACAAUGAAGAUCGGCAUGAUGAUUAUUUCCAAGAAAGGAACCGGGAGCACGAGAGACACCGGGAUAGGGAGCGGGACCGGCACCACUGAGAAAGGAGUCUGGUUGGAAGCAAAAUUUUUUUUAAAGGACUUGCAUCUCCUCACCUUGAUCAGGACUAAAGGACGGAGGCCGCUCCACCCCUACCCCUUCCUCCAAACUCCCUACUUUAUCCAGACACCCAGGGAAUGCCCUCUGCCCUACGGGAUUGAAGAUUGCUUGGCAGCCCUCCCCAUCCCACACCUCCUGUUUACCAGGGGAAAGAACCUAAAGACUGUGUGUGGUGAAGGGUGGCAGACAGGGAAAAACGUGUCCAGACCCCUGGUCUCCAUAGAGAAUGGUGCUUUGUCCAAGGCAACGUAGGAGUUUUUCAUUCUCCAGGAGCAGGUCACUGGUGAGGUCGAUGGGAAGACUUUCUUCCCGAAGAAGAUAGAUCCUCUGUGCGGGAUCUGGGAGAGUAACUGGGUGUGCCAAAAUAUGCCCAAGGUCCUGCCCGCAGCACUAGAUUUAUUGGGGCCAAGAGGGUCCAAACUCCUUGCUAACAUACCACUUCUUUGUUUAACUCCUUUACCUUCCCCGCCCUUUGAGGAGGGGGCCAUGAGAACAGAUCUGCCUUACAAAAGGUUUGUUUUGUUCUUGAUUUCCUUCUCACAUAUUGACGGUUUAUUUUUCUGACCUCCUAGAGGGCUGAACCCUUUCAACUCUUGCUGUCCGGCCUCAAUGGACUUGCCCCUCCUCAGCAGAGAAGAAGGCCCAUGAGGUUACUUUCUGUUGGGAAGCCUGACAGAGCCAAUUACCACCCUCUGCUGCUUAAUGCUUGGUUGCUUCUUGCAAUAACCAGCUCUGUUAGGUGUUCCCUUUCCCUGGGGCUUCUCUGUUUAACACAUGGAGCCCUUCCCCCCUAAAAGGCUGCUUCCUUGUUUUAGAGGAAGGUAUUGCCACUGGGAGAUGGGAUAUUGGGACCUCAGCAACAAAGAAUUCUUGUGAAGUAUCAGGAGGAGUGGGGAAGGAGGCAAGUUGGGCAGAUGGCCUACUUCCGUACUUUUCUUUUUCCAGGUUUGAUGUAAGUGUGGGCUUGCAUUCCCCAGGUACAUACUUACUGUGGGAACCUGGCAGUAGUAGGCAGGUAAAAUCACAUAUUUGGUGUCUUUCCACCUUUUGACUAUUAACUUACUAGCUCCUCUUGCUCUGUCUGGAGGUACUUUCUGCCUCUGAUAAGGAAGGAGCAAGGAAGAAAGGGAGCCUGACUUGAAUGAACUCAGCUCAGAGUUCUAAGGACCAGCACUCUGGGGGCCAUUUUCUACACAGGCAAAUGGAAUUGCUUUUCCUGUAACAUCCCAAAUUGUGUUGUGGUUGCUGCUAGAGGAGGAGGCAGCAGCACUGUCUUGCAGUAACCAUGGGUGAUGCCACUUCUGCAUGCAUCUACAGGGCAUGUGACAUCUAACAUGAGAAGAGACUUGGCGUGUGGGACAUAGGGUCACUGGAGACCCUUCUGGCUCGGAGGGGAAAGACUGAAUUGGAGUGAACCCUCUCUCUGUUCCCAGCACGUUUCUGACACAGCCCUCAGUCACUGAGGGACACCCCCCCCCCCAGGGUUGGAGAGGCACAUUCCCUUGGGACAGAGGCUACAGUUGUAGCUUUUAUUUCCCCCCUGUCCCUGAAACUCAUCCCCACCACCUCUUCAGAAUAUGGCACCCUGCCCAACUGGCCAAGUGUUAAGUGAUGUGCUUAUCCUCAAGAGCAGCUCCGGGUGUCUUUUUAAAAUGUAGAGAAAAGCAAGUAAGGUGACAGUUAAAAGAAGAAAAAUAUAUAGAAUACCAGAAAAGCCGUUUGCCCGGAGAAAUUUUCUUCCCAUUUUUGUUUUGUUUUUACUCAAUGACACAAUUUUUAGUUUUAUUUCCUGAUAGCAAAAGGGAAAAAAAAAAAACCCCAACCCUCAAAAAGGCCAAGGCCCCCGUCCCCCUGUUGUCGGUGAUUUGUUUGUCUUUCUGAUAGGUUGAAAUUGUGUAAUAAACUUGAUGACGCUGUCAAUCUUU